GCGCUCCGGAGCCGCUCCCUCUUGCCGUCCCCCUUCCCUCCCUCUCUCCCUCCCCCGGCGGCUAGGCAGUGGGUAGUGCCCGCGGGCCGAGGAGCCGCGGCAGGAAGACCGCAGCCAUGGCUGCGUCCCUGCACCGCCGGCUGCCGGCGCUGCCGCUUCUCCUGCUGGCAGCCGGCGGGCUGCGGGCAGCAGAGCGGAGCAGCAGCAGCGGCAGCAGCAGCGCCAUGGAGGAGCUCGCCACCGAGAAGGAGGCGGAGGAGAGCCACCGUCAGGACAGCGUGAGCCUCCUCACCUUCAUCCUGCUCCUCACUCUGACCAUUCUUACCAUCUGGCUUUUCAAGCACCGUCGCGUCCGCUUCCUCCACGAGACUGGCCUGGCCAUGAUCUACGGACUCAUAGUUGGGGUGAUCUUGAGAUAUGGGACUCCCUCGUCCAGUGGCCAUGACAAGCCAUUCAGCUGCUCACAGGAGAACAGGCCCUUUACAACCUUGCUGGUUAAUGUCAGUGGGAAGUUCUUUGAGUAUACGCUCAAAGGGGAAAUAAGUCCUGGGAAGAUCCACAACGUGGAGCAGAAUGACAUGUUGCGAAAGGUAACAUUUGACCCAGAAGUUUUUUUCAACAUUCUGUUGCCUCCUAUUAUUUUUCAUGCUGGAUACAGCCUGAAGAAAAGACACUUUUUUAGGAAUUUGGGAUCCAUUUUGGCUUAUGCCUUUUUAGGAACAGCAGUGUCUUGUUUUAUUAUUGGGAAUCUGAUGUAUGGUGUUGUGAAACUGAUGAAGUUGGUGGGUCAGCUCUCUGAUAAAUUCUACUAUACAGACUGUCUGCUCUUUGGAGCGAUAAUUUCUGCCACUGAUCCAGUUACUGUGCUAGCAAUAUUUAAUGAGCUGCAUGCUGAUGUCGAUCUCUAUGCCCUUCUGUUUGGGGAGAGCGUGUUGAAUGAUGCUGUUGCCAUUGUAUUAUCUUCAUCUAUAGUUGCCUACCAGCCAACAGGUGAAAAUACACAUGCUUUUGAUGCUGCAGCAUUUUUCAAGUCUGUUGGUGUUUUCCUGGGAAUAUUCAGUGGUUCUUUCAUGAUGGGAGCAGUGACAGGGGUUGUGACAGCUCUGGUGACAAAGUUUACCAAGUUGCACUGCUUCCCCCUGCUGGAAACCGCACUGUUCUUCUUGAUGUCCUGGAGCACUUUCCUGCUUGCGGAAGCUUGUGGAUUUACUGGUGUGGUGGCUGUCCUCUUCUGCGGCAUUACCCAGGCGCAUUAUACGUACAACAACUUGUCAGUUGAAUCAAGAAGUCGCACUAAGCAGCUCUUUGAGGUAUUGCACUUCCUGGCAGAGAACUUCAUAUUUUCUUAUAUGGGCUUGGCACUGUUUACUUUCCAGAAACACAUAUUCAGCCCAGUCUUCAUCAUUGGAGCUUUUAUUGCUAUCUUUUUGGGCAGAGCUGCACACAUCUACCCUCUGUCCUUCUUGUUGAACCUGGGCAGAAGGCAUAAGAUCAACUGGAACUUUCAACACAUGAUGAUGUUUUCAGGUCUCAGGGGAGCCAUGGCGUUUGCUCUGGCUAUACGAGAUACUGCUACCUACUCACAUCAAAUGAUGUUCUCAACAACUCUCCUCAUUGUCUUUUUCACUGUGUGGAUUGUCGGUGGAGGUACAACUCCCAUGCUGUCGUGGCUGAACAUCAGAGUUGGUGACCAUGUUCCAUCGGUGGAAGAGAUGAGUGAAAGCCACUGGCUGUAUUUCAGGGUUGGGGUUGACCCAGAUCAGGAUCCUCCACCUACUAAUGACAGCUUUCAAGUCUUACAAGGAGAUGGCCUAGAUUCUGAAAGAAGGAACAGGACAAAGCAGGAAAGUGCUUGGCUCUUCAGGCUGUGGUAUAGCUUUGACCAUAAUUAUUUAAAGCCAAUUCUCACUCACAGUGGUCCUCCGUUAACCACAACUCUACCCAGCUGGUGUGGCCUGAUAGCUCGCUGCCUGACAAGUCCCCAAGUUUAUGAUAAUCAAGAACAGCUUAGAGAAGAGGAUUCUGAUUUUAUUCUCAAUGAUGGUGACCUUACUGUCACAUACGGUGAUACCACAAUAACUGCAAACGGUUCUUCUGGCCCACACACAGCUACCACUAGCCUUGAUGGCAGAAGAACAAAAAGUAGUUCAGAGGAAGCACUGGAAUGUGAUUUGGGAGCAGCAGAUCAUGAAGUUACAAGUAGGGGUACCCGACUAGUAUUUCCUCUGGAAGACAAUGCAUGAUUACUGACUCAGUAACAAUAACUCUUGCCCUGUGGAUGCAUCAAGGAAGACUGCAGGCCACUGUGACACUCGAGGUGGGGAUGUUUAAACAAGUUAACACGCUGAAGUGGUUUUACUAGGGUCUGGAGAGGUCACCUAUUUUUUACUCAAAAUGCUGACAGUGUGUUUUUCUAAAUGUCUGAAAAUAGGCAAAUGAGAAAACUGGUCACUCUCCUCUGCUCAGUUGCAUAUUGAAUCCAAGCAUAACUAGCAUGCUGCAAUUGUCUUGUUCAGCUGCAGCAGCUCUCUCUGAAGGGAGAUACACAAAGACUUUGUCACAAAAUUGAGCUUGUCUUGGCCUAGCUUGGGAAUGUAGAAGAAAUAUAAAUGUAAUUAUUAUGACAUCAAAAAGGAUGUGUGUGUAUCUGAAUGUGGAGAGAUCCAUUGUUAAUUGUUUUGUGAGGCUGAGGGAAAUAGACAGUAAAGCAGGCCAGUGUACGUUAAGACUACAGUUGCAGGAAUGCAAGAUCUUGUGAGGAAUCUGUAACUGCAAGCUGUAUUUAAUGUAUUUCAGGGGGAGAAAAAGGGGAAAAGAAUAUUUCUUCACUGACCCUGUGUUUAAAUAGGAAGACAAUGAGAGUUACUUGUUCCUUUAGCUUUGGGCAAUUUGACUAUUGCUGUUAGACUAACUUCUAGUGCCUCAAAAGAAAUGCAUCUGCUUCCUGUGGUCUAAGAUGUACCUGAACCAACGUAAACUCAGAGCCAGGCUCCCUCGGGUAGAAAUCAUGAGGUAAAACAUUCUCUUCCUUAAGGUUCUUAAAAUCAUAAUAAGAUACUUGGGAACAUAUCCUGGGCCGGGUGAAGCAGCAGAUAAGAGGAGGGGAAAGGGAAAAAAUAAGAGAGAGAGCGAGGGGCAGUGUUCCUGCAUGGAACCAUGAGGUUUCAUAUUGCUCAGAAGAAUCCAUGGACUCUGCUUACUGUUUUUGUGUGAUAAACAGCAAACAUUGAAUUCAACAGACAAACAAACACUGCUGGCUUUACCAUUUGUGACUAUCCUAAAAGAAAGGUGUUUACUCUUGUUCUCUUUUGCAGAGUAGAUGUGAAACUGCAGUGGGGCAUUGCACAAUAUAUAAGCUACAGAAGUGAUGAGCUGUAGUACCAUCUUCAAUGUGAAAAGGGAAAAAAAUCUUUGCCUAGUAUUUAGCCCACUUACACGUAGGCUAGCAUUAACUUAUUGCUGAAUGCUUUUUAAUUUCCAAAUGAGGUACCAUUGUCUUUGCCAAUAGCUGAAGCUUAUGCUUUGAAAAGGAGCUCAGCUAUUUAGAGCAUGCUGAAAUGUGAUUUCUUUCUCGCGUCUCAAAGUUUAUUUUUUUAAAGAGUUCUGUGGCUCAUUAAUGUGGUGUAAUAUCAAUUUGUCUAAAAAGUGUGUUUUUCUUGCUGCCAUUUCAGUUGUUUCUCUCAAAAUUGUGUGUAAUACCCACUCUGUUUUCCCUUACAUAUUAAACAGGCUAACUUCGGUAGGACAACUUACUGCUGCGGAGAACAUUGAAGUUAUUUUGUCUAGUCUGCUUUCUUUUCAAUGUGUUCUCUAAUGAGUGAUCUACCUCCAUAUCUGUCCCUCCAAGGUAAAUUUGUAAAGGGCAUUUAUCUGUAAUGACUGUCUGACAUUAUUAAGAAGAGACAUGAGGAAACCAGAAGCUUUUUUUGUAGAAAAGCUGGAAGAACAAUAGUCUGAGCUCUGUUCUUAAAUGGUGAAGAGUAACAUAACCUGGUGAAGAUCUCUGAACAGAACAACUCAGUUUUGGUUCUCACCUGCUUUCAAGGAAUACAAAGCAGAUGGCGAUGAUCUAUGUGAUUUUAUACUGUUUUAAAGGCUUGGGGUUAUGUUUUAAAAGUGCUCUGGCAGUAGGAAAAGUAGCUUCCUCCUAAAUUGCACAAACAACUACAUUCAUCUUGAACAAGUCUUUGGGACACAUGCUGACAAAGCUGAGUGUGAAGUUGAGACUGCUACAACAAUUAGAGUUAUUAGCUGAGUCAUAUGAAUCAAAUUUGGGUUCAGACAAUGAAACUUAUCUUAAAUAAAUGCACUUAAUACAAUGCUGAUCUUUACAAUGCAGCUUGAAGCUUACCAAAUCAUUUUGGCCAAAAAACGCAGAGCCUUACCAAGACAGAGAUCUGUUGUUUAGAAGAAAGAUCAAGUACAGAUUCUGGAAGUAGAAAUUCUGUUUCAUUAGCUUCCUCCGGAAGGCUGGAUGUCUGGAAAGCGUCAAUAAAACAUCUCAGUGUAGAUA